GUCAUUCGGUUCCCGUCUCACAAUACAAUCAGUUCCUUUUGAAAUUAUAAUCCGUUAAUAAUGACGGAUUCAAAUAGUGUUGAACUAAUGAGGAUGAAUUUCUUAUAAUUUAUACAAUUUUAAAAGUUUUUCUUUAAUUUUUACUCAAUUUAAAAAUUUUCAAACCAAAAAAAAAAAAAUUUUAAUUAGUACAUAAUACAUAGAAUGAUAUUAAUAGUGAAAGUUUAAAAAAAAAAAUUGUGUGUGAGAGGCGCAAGUGCAAGAUGGAAUUUUUCAAUAUCAACAAUUCACGUUUUGCGAAUGUUACAUUACGAAGAAAAUCAAAAACACUCGACAAUUUUAUGGAUGAUUGUCAACUGCCAGUAGAACCCACCCAAUCAGAAAUGGCUAAGAACUCAGCAGAAAGUCGAAUUCCAAUUCCACGGGCUGUUCGGCCUUCGUUUCUGCCAAAACUAAGAGCGAACAAAUUAGCCUCCGGUCAUAGACGUUCAGCAAUUAUUUCCGGUUAUCCGCAUGUUAAUAGUUACGAGAACGACAAUACAACUACACCAAAAGUGAAAACCAUCAAGAGAGCUGCUUCUACACCUGCUGCUGAAGGGAAAUCAGAUGGAACGUAUAAGACUUCUUGCACCUGGAGUGCAGACAAUAAUGAUGAUGAACGUUUGGAACGUCUCAGCAAUGAAAAGCUGGACUUUCUCGGCUUGGUCGAGGAUCCCCAGUUGAAGAGACUCGAUGACGUCGAGGACAAUAAUUGCCAUCAGGAUUUGAAUAAUCUUGGCGCAUUUGGAGAUGCGGGUACAGCGUCAGCGCCUCAUUAUUUAAUGCUCCACAAGCAAAAUUCCUUCGAGCACGACGAAAGUUUGGGUAUUCUGACACCGGAUCAAAUGCCUGACUUCACAGUGGCUCUCGAAGGUUCAAGAACGCCAUCCUGCGAGAAUCUCACUGGAUCCGCUGGUGGUAAAUUAAUACGACAUUCAGCAUUACGUCCAUCGGAGGUGCCACUUUCAUUGGAUGUUGAACCAAUAAUUGCCGGUUCGAUUGAGAGAAGUCCAUCACCCGAGGAAUUGCCACUUGAUCCAAAACCAGCUGAACCAGUGAGAUCGGUACUUCCCGUUAGUUUUAUAACUUCAAUAACAAGUAUCACAAGUCUUGAGGCUGGCUAUCAAGGCGAUGGAGAAAAUUCACGACCCGCGAGUCGUGGACCCGAAAUCCCUCUAGUUGUCGCACCAUCAAAUCUCAUUGUUGCACCUUGUCGGCAAGAUCCAAUGACUGAUUCCGAUUUCUUCACUGAAAGUGACGCGGACGCUCAUGAGGAAAUAAUCAGAGGUGAUAGACGAGCGCAAGUGAUUGAUGGAACGUUAUUUUGUGCGCCGGGGGGUAGAAUAUGUCCUAGUUUUAUGGGUGAGGAAAUGGACUCGAGUGGUAUUUAUUCUGAUCUCGAUAAACGGCAGGACGAUCGUCCUAAUUGUGAGGAGGUGUUCAGCGAGGAUCGCACUCCCGACACUGCGGACACUGAACUCUCGCAAAAGAGUCAACUCUCUCCUAAUGUUAAACCCGAACCUGCUCAAAUUAUCCUAAACUAUUUGCAGGACUCAUCCAAGAAUGUGCUGGAGGUCAGUAACGAUUCAAUGGAAACGAGUAUGCCGAUGGAGGUGACAACCAUCGAAGUGGAUAGAAAUCGUAAUCGUCAGAUUGAAACUGACGAUCAGCAGACAAAGUCGAAUAAUAAAAAUGAAACACCGCCGCACGUGAAGAAAUAUAAAAUGCCAAAACGUAAUGUCAUUUCGAAAAUUAAGGAAAUGAUUGAAUCGGGGCCGAAGGAUGAGGGGAAGGAAAGUAGAAGACCCCAGAGGGCACCGAGAAAAAAUGGAAGAUGGGACGCGGUUAUGAAUAAAAUAGAGGCUGGCAAAAAUGAAGCCAGAGCUAGAGUAAUGCGAAAGGAUGUCAAAUCCAGAGUGUUGCAGAAUCUCACAAAUGCCACAACAUCUUCACCAGGAAGAAGAAAUUGUGGGGACGCCAACAAUAAUGCUGGUUCCAAUAAAGAUAAACGACGAGGAAGAGGUCGUCAGGAAACUAAAUCACCGAAUCAGGAGACUGCCCGCAGUUCUGUACGAAGUUCUAUGAGUGAUUUGAGCAGCGCUCCAGGCAAAGAAGUUCCAAAGAGAUCACCGCCAACGAAUAAUCAAACGAGGAGACAAGUAAAUGGAAGAAGUAAUCAGGUUUCACGUACAAAUAGUUAUGAAGCAAAGAAAACGUGUCUCGAUCCUCCAACUAUUAAUUUGGAAAAAAGUCCAUCGGCAACUAGAAAGGUUCCAAUUGUACGACGAGCAGCGACAAUCAUCCCAAAUAAACAAAAAAGUUCUUCUUCUAUUAAAGAUCGUGGACCAAAAGAAACUGCGUCACCAGAAACUAGAGAAAAAACUGCCCAGACUGAUGCUGUGAUUAACGAGAAUUCUAGUAUCAAGAGAGCUGAAAGUACAAUUCAAGCUCUCUCAAUUACCGUCAAUUAUCUUGCUAAUGAGCUUGACGGAUUCUCUUCGCUGAGGUGGAGAAGAAAUUACGAAAUGAUGAAGACGAAGUGGAUAUCUGCAAAUGAAAAUGUCGAAAGUUUAAGGAGCAGACACAUGGCUAUUGAACAAUCAAUAGAAGAAAAUAAAGAAGAACACCGAAGAGCCUUGGAGAGACUACAAGAAAAUUUGGAUAUCCAACACGCGGAACACAUCAAAGGUUUGGAGCAAGCAAUGCGUGAAGAGCGAGCUUUGUUUGAAAGUCGACUCCAGGAGACGGUCAGGGAAAAUCGUGCGACUAUCGCCAGGUUACAGGCCGAGCAUGAAAUAGAGCUUACCCGUAUAAAAGAGGAUGAGACUGAUAAUAGACGAAUAUUCGUUCAUGAUCAAGGUGCUGUUUUACAGGCCGAAGCCGAUUCUUUGCGAACUGUUCUCGAACUCAAGAGCAAGGAAAUUACCGGACUAAGAUCGGAGAACGAUUUUCUAAGGCGAGAAUUGGAAGGAAAACAAAUGCUCGAGCAACGAGUCGAGUCCCUGGAGGCAAAAUGCGAGGAUUUAAAAGCACAAUUACAAAGUAAGGAGAUUUAUGAGAGGCAAAUAUCACACGAGAAUGAAGUAUUACUUGAUUCCUAUCACGAGGCAUCGAAGCACAAUAAACGUUUAACUCAACGCAACGAGGAACUCCUCUGGAGGUUGAGACAACGAAACGAAGUGGUGAAUGUUUUGGCAAAUCAAUUGGCAACACCACCGCAGAGACUCUCACGUUCACUGGGUCCCGAGCACAUUGAUCACACAAUAACCGGGAGCAAAAGUCCCCAGUCAUCGUCAAUGGUGAAAUAUAUUGUCGAGAAGGGCGAUUCAAUAUCAUGGACCGUGACAAUGGACGAGUCCGCAGAACGUGCUACAGCGCCACGACGCAAUAGCGUCUCAAGACAAAGUUCAUUGAGACUCUCAAUGCCACGUGGACAGACAACAUCCUCAAUGCGGACACGAUCGAAAAGUGUCUCGGUGAGUGAGUCGAAUAAUGAGAAUAAUGCAUGGACGCCGGCUUUUAAUUCAACGCCAUUGAGAAGAAGGCCCGGUAGUGUUUCACCCUCGGCGAAUUCCGAGUCUGUCGAGGAGACGAGUUCUGGUCCAAGACCACAGGAAGCCGGUGGUGAGGCGAUGAUUUCCGAGGAGACAUCGGCGUCGAGCAGCGAAGACGAAUCAUUCGCGAAUGGCGAUAUUUCUCGACUGAGUAUGGAUUUUUGGGAAAAAUCGGCCGAGUAAAUCGUGCUUCUUACAUUAAAAGUAUUAGCAUCCUUCCUGUUUUUUUUUUAUUCAAUUACAAAGACCAUUUUUUUGAAAAUCAGUUGUACAUAAUCGUUUAUAAGUUUUUUGGUUUUUUUUUUGAAUGAUGCGCGCAAUAGAUUUAUUGCUUUAUAAAUAUUCAAUUUUCCUCAUUGUGUAUAAUGUAAUCGAGGACCAUUGAAUAAAUUCUCUUUCUCCCUUUCUCCUCUCUUCCUCUCUUUCUAAAAACUAAAUAGAUUUUGUCUCUUUCGACAAGUCAUAAUUUUUCUAUGUAUAAAGUUAUUUUAUUCGCUAUAGACUUCUUAAUUAUAAAAGUCACUUUAAUCUGUAAGGUAAAGUAAAAAAAGUAGUUAUUAAAAAAAAACAAUGCAAAUUA